CCUUUAAAAUAAUGACUUCUCUUACCCCAAUGUAGUAAUAAUAAUAAUAAAAAUAGGUCCCUUGGUUAACAAGUAGAAUAUGAAUAAUUAAUGAGUCUAUAUAAGCAAAAAUAUAUAUUCUUCAUCCUCCCUUAAACAUUCAUGCACAAUCCACAACUGUCAAAAUGUGUCAAAAUCCUCUAUAUAGAUAGUGAAAUUAAUAUUAAUGACCCUAAAUUUUUUUUAAAAAUUUAUGUGUAAUGCACAUUUUUAUUAAAUUCAGUCCCACAAUAAAUGAUAUUAGGAUUAAUUCCAAACUACCCCCAAUAUUAGACACCCCACAUCUUCACUAUCUUUUUUCUUUCUAUAAAUAGAUAUUAAAAUCUCACUUAUCCAUAUAGUUUAAUCAUCAAAAAUAAAAAAAUAAAAAAAUACAAUAUGCAAUUUUUGAAAAGAGAAAAAAUGGGAAGGCCAACAAGAUGGAGUCCAACACCAGAACAACUUAUGUUCUUAGAAGAAAUGUAUAGAAAAGGUUUAAGAAAUCCAAAUGCUACACAAAUACAAAGUAUUACUUGUCAUUUGUCUUCAUUUGGUAAAAUUGAAGGGAAAAAUGUGUUUUAUUGGUUUCAAAACCAUAAAGCUAGGGAUAGACAAAAACUUAAGAAAAAACUUCUUGCACAAAUGAAUCAACAACAAAUAUUAGCUCAAUAUCCUAUUGAUGCUCAUAGUACAACUACUACUACUACCAACUCCAAUAACAAUACCCUAUUUCAUUGCCCCACUACUGAUCAGUACCAAAUAUGUCCUUUGACAUCUACUACUGCCCUUCUUCAAGAGGGUGAAAUCAAAGAAGCAUCAUCUCAAGUAAUGACUUAUCUAUAUCCAAUGGAUCUCUCAAAACCAGCUGAUCAAAAUAUGGAAAAUUGCAUGAUAAGACCCUAUGGAAAAGAUUGGAUCGUGAUGAUGAAUAUUAAUCCAAAUAACUUACCAUAUUGUGUCAAUCGACCCCUCAAAACCCUACCACUUUUUCCUAUAACAACAACCGAUGACCUCAAAGACCAAACAACAUCUUCCACUAGUUUAAGUCUUUGAGUAUAAGUCUUACAUAUCGUCAGUAUAAAUAAUUUUUUACACAAUCAAAUCAUAUCCCAAUGAUAUAUACUAUCUGUGAUGACAGAUAAAAAGGAUUUCAUGGUGUAAAUUUUAUUUAUAUCGACGAUAUAUAUUAUGUGAACUAUAGAUUUAUAAUAAUAGUAACUUUGCAUGAGCUCUAUGCGUAGUAUUAGUACUAGUUUAUUUUUAUUUCUUUGUACCAAUAGAAUUCUUUGCUUCACACAGAAAAAAAGAAAAAAAAUUGGCAUAGGAUAUAGUACCUAGUUUUACUGUUUGAGUGUGUACCUUGUAAAGACAGUUGAAAAUUAUUGGAGUGUUAUAUUAAUUGAUGGUUUCUGUUAACAUUUUUGGGUAGUUACUAGUAGAGGAAAUAUCUGAAUUGUCUAAUUCAAUGUGAAAAGUCAUUUUCCAUGAUGAGCUCUACUUGUGUUACUAAUAGUUCUAUUUAAAGAGCA